AUGAUAACAAAAAUAUUCAACCAGGUAUUAUGGUUAUCAGUUUUGGCGUGGAGCAUUCUGGCCGCCUCGAAGACGAAGAAAAUUUCGGUUCCGGAAGGACUCAGAUCUGGAGAGCAGCUUUUCAACCUCAACUCACUCACAUUUGAUAGGACUGACAUAAAAAGGAUUUUCCAAUUGCAGAAGAAUUCCGACUUGGUAGAAGUUCUCGCCUCAGGGCAAAAAGAAAGAAUGCAUUUUCGACACAACUAUCGCAGUAAUGCCGCAAGAAGUCUACGAAAAAUCAUCCUUUCGAUCGAAAUCACUGAUGUCAACGACAACUCGCCCGUUUUCCGCUCGAAUCUCGUCUCUCUAGAAAUUCCAGAAGCCCUCGGAAUCGGAGAAGAAUUCGAAGUUUCCGACUUGAUCGCCAAGGACGCUGAUAUCGGAGAAUUUGCGGCAGUCAGCUACAGUAUCGUCCCGCCCGGAACAUUCGAUAUUCAAGUCCAAAAUGGAAGGCCUUUCUUGAAGGUCCUAAAAAAGCUCGAUCGCGAACUAGCCCCGCGCUGGGAGGGAUCCGUUAUCGCCACCGACGGCGGGGGACGAGAAGGCUCAACGAAACUCGUUAUCAACAUCCAAGACAGCAACGACAAUUCGCCCAAAUUCGACCAAGACGUUUUCUCCGCCAGCGUCGUUGAAAACGCGCCCGCAGGAACAUUCGUCUACAAAGUCAGUGCGGAUGAUUUGGACAACGGGCUGAAUGGAGAAAUUCGAUACGAGAUUGAAAGUGUUGAUCCGAAAACGGCAGUCGGGAAGUUUCAAAUGGAGCCGAAAACUGGGGUGAUUUCGACGACUGGAGCAAUUGAUCGGGAAACGACCAAAAGCGUUCGAAUUCGGGUCGAAGCCCGCGACUUGGGCAACCCCUCCCGAUCCGGCUACGCGACCGUCGAGGUCUCAAUUCUGGACCUGAACGACCACGCGCCACAAGUGUCAGUGAUGCCAAUCAACGGACUCGCGGAAGACGGAUCAAUCCUGUUGGCUGAAAACAAAAACCUGGCUCUUUCGUCGCCUUCGUUACUGUAUCUGACCUGGACGGCGAAAUCAACUCUGCGAUCGACAUUGAUCUGA